AUGGCUUCAGAACCGCGUGGAGACCUGCCUCCAUUGCAAGCCACGCUUUCCUCUGGCCCAGUCUACCAAGAGAGCCUGGGAUUUCUGGUAGGAAACAUGAUUUCUCCGGCAGAAAUUUACCACACCAUGGCUAUAGUUCUGUUCAUUAUGGGGAUUAUUGGAAAUGGGUUUCUAGUGGUCGUCAAUGUCAGUAAACUGAUUCAGAACAAGAAGCUGAUCUCCAUUGAGCUCCUCCUCACCUGCCUUGCCAUAUCACGACUUGGCCUGCAGAUUUUGUUGACAUUUCAAGGUGUCAUGAGUGUUUUCUUUGCCAAAAUUUAUCGGCAGAACAUUUAUGGAUCUCUUUUCCUCUUUAUCUGGAUGUUUCUAAAUUCCUCCAGCUUCUGGUUUGCCACCUGCCUUGGCAUUUUCUAUUGCCUUAAGAUCUCUGGCUUUACACAUCCCUGUUUUCUGUGGCUGAAAUUCAGGAUCUCCAAACUAAUGCCCUGGAUGCUUCUGGGAAGCCUGGUGAUCUCUGUGAUCACUGCUGCCUUAUCUGCCUGUGUGUUGCAUUAUUCCUCAGAGUCCUACACUCACUGGCCCAAGAAUGUCUCCUUGGCUAGCCGUGAUUCUGAAAGAGUCCCCAAUGAUGACAUGUUCCUAGCCAACUUGAUAUUAAUAUUUCCUCUAGGUCUGUUUGUCAUGUGUACAGUGACUUUAUUUGCCUCUCUUUACAGCCACACUCACCGGAUGCAAACCAGUUCCUCUGAUUUAGGGAAUCCCAGUGCAGAAGCCCAUAUCAAUGCCCUGAGGACUGUGGUCACCUUCUUUUGCCUUUUCAUUUCCUACUUUGCAGCCCUAAUGGUGAACCUGACAUCCACAGUGCCUUUUAGAAGCCUCCUGUUCUUUAUCUUGAAAGAUGUGAUGGCAGCUUACCCCUCUGGCCACUCUGUGAUCAUCAUUCUGAGCAAUUCCAAAUACCAGCAGCCAUUCAGGAGGAUCCUGGGCCUCCUAAAGAAGACAUAA